AUAAAACUCACUCCCACCGCUAUGUGCUCUUACUCUUGCCAAUCCAUGCUUCUAUGCGUUAUCCACAAUCAGAGGAGAAUAUUUGUUUUAAACAUUUUUGUGUGAUCAGGGUUUGGUCUGAAAGAGGGGAAUUAUGAUCACUCUUUCACUGGUACCCUUUGUGUCUGGGCUGUGUAUAGGAUUUCUGUCUAUUCAAUACGUUGUUUACUCAGACACCAGCACUGCAAAACCAGCUGUUUUCUCACUGGGCAACUCCAGUGGAGUUCAUAAUGACAAAAGGGUUCCAAGACACAUACACUCAGAUGAGGACAGGAGUGUUGCAGCCAACCUGUCCCAAAAUGUACGACUACUAUGUUGGAUCAUGACUGGGCCUAAGAACCUGGAGUCCAGAACCAAACACAUCCGGGCCACCUGGGGCAAACGAUGCAACAAAAUCCUCUACAUGAGCUCAGUGGAGACAGAAUUCCCCACGGUGGGGCUCAACGUAACUGAGGGACGAGACCAGCUCUACUGGAAGACCAUCAGAGCCUUCCAGUACAUCUACCAACACCACCGCAACGACUACGACUGGGUCCUCAAAGCUGACGAUGACACGUUCGUGGUCAUCGAGAACCUCCGACACACAUUGUCUAAACAGGACCCGGAGAAGCCUGUAUACUUUGGGAGAAGGUUCCGCCCGUUCGUCCAGCAGGGUUACAUGAGUGGUGGAGCUGGCUAUGUCCUCAGUAAAGAAGCCGUCAGAAGGUUCAUCAAGGGAUUCGACACUGGGAAAUGUUCCCACUUCUCCACCAUUGAAGACAUGGCUCUAGGGAAGUGUAUGGAGACUAUGGGUGUGGAGCCGGGGGACUCCAGAGAUGUGAAGGGAAGGCAGACGUUUCAUCCCUACCCACCAGACAUGUACCUGAUCAAAGAGCCACCCAGAAAACUGCCCUGGUAUCUCUUAUACGAACACUACAAACCAAGAGAGGGCCCAGAAUGUUGUUCAGAUCACAUCGUAUCAUUUCACUACAUCUACCCUGUAGAGAUGUACACACUGGAAUACUUCACCUAUCAUCUACGGCCCUAUGGAUACAAGUACAGGUACAACCCUGAUGCUGUAGCAGCUGAAAUGGAGAGUAACACCACCACACCUGUCUCUGCUUAACACAGAGAUAUCACAGACAGACUACUGCACUGAAGAAAGAACUUAUUACUGUGUCAUGUUUAAAUGCCGAAACAACAGCCUGACAUUGCCACUUUCUUUGGUAAGCUGAGCAAUGAGACUGAGGAAAUGGAACCACUCUCAAAUUCACUGAUAUGGUAGUUUUAAACAUAUUUUGAAGCCAUACAUUGUUUGUUUGAAUAGACAACAAAUACAUGAACAAUAGAGUAAUAUAGUUUUUUUGUGACAGGGGGAGACAGUUGUACUAAGUUGAGUUCUUUCUGUUGAUAGUUUCAACAUUUCCUUUUUUCAUUUUGUAAAGGUAAAAUGUAAAAAUAUAUAUAUUUUUCAGUCAAGUGUAUAUUUUUUACAACUUACAGUAAAACAAAGGAUAACAUGAUAUUUUGUUAAAAUUCAAAUAGAAGUAUGUACUUAAUGUGUUCUCCAGAUUUCUGGAGGUCUAGUGAAAUUUUCAAUUCAGAUUGUUAGCUAAAGAUUACAUUUUGACUAAGUUCAGUACACAACAGAUCAUUUUAUGUCAUGAGACUCCUGACCUGUGAGAAUCUGUUCAGUGUUUUUGGUUUGGAAGUUAAGGUGUCUUUUAAUGGACCAUUAUUUGAAGCAACACAAUGAGUAAAAACAGGGGUGUGUGAAAAUAUAAAAAAAAUAAAGAGGUUGAAUAUUUGUACAGUACAGGGGGUAGUUCACAGACUACAUAAAGAACACAAUAGAGAAAUAGAGUAUACAGGUCCUCUCUGGAGCAUCAGUGUAGCAGUGUUGUCGUUCACCUGAUCUUUGGUCAAACUGUAACGGAUAGAGAGGCUGUGUCCCGAUUCUCCACCCUUAUCCCAAAGUAUGCACUUACACACUCCACAUCCUUGGGAGAGUUGGGAUGCAGCCAUAGAUAGAUAGGAGCCCAUGUCCUCAGUGCAUCCCUCUGACAUCAACAUUGGGAAAUGUGCAGGCUUUGCACACGGCCCAACUCUCUUCAAACAAAGCACAACUGUCUGUUACUUGCGAGAACUGGUUUUGUGACAUUAUGAUGUAAUCUGAACAAGGAAACAGAUCUGAGCCUACCAUAGACAAAAGAUUUAAAGUGGGUGUAUGGAAUGUGUGAAGAAAUCCAUGUACAGAUAAGAUAUACAGCAGCGUACUCUCCAGGGCUGUGCCAAGAUACACAGUUUAACAUAGACUGUCAUCAACCUCAAGCUAAUUUCAAGCUAUCAAAUGAUUAAAUAGUCAUCCAGGGAUUGUCAAAAUGUAACUUUUUCCCAAAUGUAACAUUUGGGAAAACAACAGGCCACGCAGUGAGAAUAGUUGGGAUGUGAUGACAUUAUCUAUAGCGUUUAAAGAGUUUACAAUACUGUAACUAUGGUGACUGCUUUACAUGCAAUGCAUUUUCAUAAUGUUUCAACUCAAAUACUUACAUUUUAAAUAAUCGCUGCUCUCUCACAGACUUCAUAAACCAAAGGGUUAUAUAAAGGUUUUUAACAUCAUCGAGUUAUUGUCAAAGCAAUUUUGGCCCUGUUCCAUGCCGAUCUACAGAAAUCAAGACGUCACAAACCCCUUAAGGGGCUCUUCAUUUGUGUUGUUAGAAUAGGUCCCUUGUCUGUUCUUGCCACACUCUGAUUGGUUUCACCUGUCUUUGUGCUUGUCUCCACCCCCCUCUAGGUCUUGCCCAUCUUCCCCAUUAUCCCCUGUGUAUUUAUACCUGUGUUCUCUGUCUGUUUCCAGUUUGUCUUGUCUCGUCAGGUCUUGCCAGCAUGUUUUCCCGUCUUCCUGUUUUCUCAAGUUUCUGUUAACUAGUUUCCCCGGUUCUGACCAUUCUGCCUGCCCUGACAGCCUGCCUGCCGUUCUGUACCUGCCUGACUCUGACCUGAUUACGAACCUCUGCCUGCCCUCGACCUGUCUUUUGCCUGCCCCCUGUUUGGGUCAAUAAACAUCUGUGAUUCUA